AUGGGGUUUGAGAGUCCACACAAACGUGUUAUAGUUCUUGCUUUAGAUGGUGUCGGAAGAUUUUUUACAGAGGUACCAACACCUACCAUCGACGCAUUUUUUGCCUCUGGUGCUAGCUCGUUGACAGCAAAGGCUGUUGUGCCGACAGACAGUGCCCAAAACUGGGGUUCGGUACUACAUGGAGUUCUUCCAGAAAAGCAUGGACUGAAAAAUGGUGACGUAGAAGCAGGCAUUCCAUAUGAUGAAAAUAAUCCUUAUCCAAGCGUUUAUAAAAUGUUUGCUGACAGAAAUUUUAAGAUGGCAUCAUUCGUAGCAUGGGAAUCAAUCAAUACUGGUAUAAUCGAACUUUCAGUGAAGGCAGAUAAAUACGCCCCUCUAACUCACGAAAAUUGUUUCUUGAGAUGGUGGCUUCGUUUUAAACAUCAUUAUCUUAAAGAUUCUGUAUAUGAUUACACCGUGGUUUCACGGUUGGUGGAUUACAUUCGAAAUCCAGAAAACAAAGAUUUGAAACUGUUGUUUGUUCAUUUAACCGAUGUGGACGAGCAUGGCCAUGGACAUGGUUACGGUUCUCAACCUUAUCUAAACCAAAUAAAGAUUUUGGAUUCACAAGUCGCAACGAUUCUUAAAGCUAUCGAUGAAGCUGGUUGGAGGGACGACUCUUUGGUGAUCAUGACAACUGACCACGGUGGUAUUGGAAAAGGGCACGGUGGAAGUAGUGAUCAAGAAGUCAACGUAUUUUUAGCUGUUCGUGGCGCAGGAAUUGAACCGAACUCAAAAAUCGAAAGUGAAGUGAUGAACAUGGAUUGUGCGGCUCUGAUUCUUAAGGCAUUGGGAAAAGAGAUUCCUGUAUGGUUUGACGCAAAAUUACCCGCAGAGUUUUCUUCGUUAUAA